GUGUUCUCGAGCUCUUUUAAUGUCUCGGAACCCUUACGCUCUGUGACUCUUUUUUUUCAAUAACCAGUAGAGAAAUUAUAUAAAGUCAAUUAAAUCCAGCCUCUUUUUUUUCUUGUUUUUCUGUCUAGCCUCUUGCCUGUUUUUUUAAUUCUUUUUUAAUUUUUUUCCUUUCUAUUAUAUUUUCUUUCCUUCGAAAAAAAGCACAACAACAACAACAGACUUUUAAUUAUUAUUUUUUUUGCUCUCCUAUCUUUUUCUUUCUUUCUUUCUUUCUUUCUUUCUUUCCUUCCUUUUUUCUACUCUUUUUUCAGUGUACAUGAUAUGUGUACAGACUACAAGCUAUCCAUUAGUUUUUUUUGAUAGUUCAUCACUAAACCAACCUAACCCUCCCUCCCUCCCUUAUUUUUGUAACACCAUCUCACUCAUCAAUACGGCUGCUUCUUGACUCUUUUCCUCACACAUACAAUAUAACCUACACUCACACCUUAAUAUAAUGCAGAACAGCAAUAAACACGAAGUUUCUCCAGCCAACACACUUUACGAUAACGCUUCAACAAUGGGUGGAGCACAGGGCAAAAAAAAGUUUGCCCACUUCCGGCGGCUCUUCAGCAGCCUGCACAAAAAAAACCAACACAACCGCAAAGAGUCUUCGGAUUCACAAAGCUCAACAACCACCACAAGCAACCCACAUGAGCAUGCACACCAGCUAAUGGGCUUUUUCCGCUCAGGCAGCAGUGAGAGCGGCUCAGUGUCAGCAGCCGCGGCGGCGGCAGCGGCGCACGAGGGUCAUGAUGGAACCAGCCUGCAGAAGCGGUUGCGGCAACCGCCGACAUCGUCCACGGUUAUCCUGCGCCGGCCAUCGACUGCCUCGUCAUCGUCGACGGCCAGCGACGAGAAUACGCCGGUUAUCAGUGACCGCCCCACGGGGUUUAUUUUGGAGACAUACGGCGUGGCGGUGCGCACGAUUGGGCAGGGCACGGGCGGAUACGUUAAGCUGCACCAGGCUUGUGAUGGGCGGUACUACGCCGUCAAGACGUUUACAUUUCCGGAUGCGGCGGACCGCACAAAGACCACGUCGACGAAUAUGAAUGUGCGGCAGUGGAAGCAUUUGCUGGAUGAGGCUAGCUUCAGCCUGUCCCUGCGGCACCCCAACGUUAUCCGUACGUACCAGUUUGUCAGGGAGAACGACGGAACAGUGUACAGCAUCAUGGAGUACUGCGAGAAGGAUCUGUUUACAGUUGUGCAGGAUGGGGGGUUGACCAAGGAGGACAUUUCCAGACUGUUUUUCCAGCUUGUCUCCGGCGUGUGCUACUUGCAUGAGAGCGCUCGGGUUGCGCACCGGGAUAUGAAGCUGGAUAACUUGUGCGUGGAUGAGGAGGGCAAUCUGAAGAUUAUUGAUUUCGGAUGCUCCUCGACCUUCGAUCCGCUGGCGCCAACGCAGACGCGGGGCAUUUGCGGGUCAGACCCGUACAUUGCGCCCGAGGUGUUUGUUCCCAGGGCGCAGUACGAUCCGCGCAAGGUUGACGUGUGGGCGGUGGGGAUCAUUUACCUGGCGAUGGUCUCAGGCCACUUUCCCUGGGAGGUGGCCAAGGAGGAGGACCCCAACUACACGCUGUAUCUCAAGUUCCACGGCCGCGUUAUCGACCAUUGGCUGCCCAAGGACAGUCCUGCCAACUCGGUGAUCAAGAGCAUGCUGCAGAUUGACCCCGAGGACCGUCCGACGAUGGAUGUGGUCAUGCGGAGUGCGUGGAUUGUCGGGCUGGGGGAGCAGUUUGGCCCGAUGACUGGUGCCGGCGGUGCCGCCUCCACGGAGAGCGCUGCGGCUGCGGUUGCUUCUUGUGUGGGGUCGGCGGGGCUGUCCAAGUGCACCACGCUUUUGGCGGGUAAUUCUUGCAGCAGUGGUGUUGCGGCAGCAACUGCGACUGCAACUGCAACUGCAACUGGAACAGCGACUGCGACUGCAACAGCGGCGUCCUUGGCUUCAGAUGAUGUCAAGGCGGUCAAUGACGCCAUGGCUACGUCUGGCAUUUACGGGCACGCGCAUGUUGCCGGGUACUCGUCAACGUCGACGGUCAGCUCUGGCCUGAGCAUUUCGAGCGGGUAUUGAUACUCUUUAAUUUAUCAUUUAUCAUUUGUAAAUAUAGCAAGUAAAU